GGGCAUCAAGAACCCUUUUCUGAAGUUGUCCUCCUCCCUAAAAAAGCCCUAUUUUCCUCUGCCACUCUCAGUCCUCGCAGGUACUAAUCAUGUUAUUAUUAUUUUUUGCAACCCCCGUUUGAUUCCCAAGAAAAUCCAUCCCCCAUUCGAUUUCCGGGAAAAUUCAUCCUCGUUUGAUUUCUGAGAAAAUCCAUUCAAAACCCCCAAAGAAAACCAAAAAAAUUGCUUUUCUUUUGCUCCCUGUGUUUUCUGGAUCUGUUUUAGGGGUCUCUUUGCUCUUGUGCCAUUGGAUUUAAAUUUCACGAACCCUAAAUCCACGAUUUUUGAGCCAGGCUGAAAAACACAACCUUUGCCUGCAAAUCAUGAUCAGAUUACCAAAUAGCAUUUUAUGUUUUUUUAAUAUAAAAAAAAAUUGGACAGAUUUUGUAUCCUGUGCGCGGGCUGGACUGGUAGGAAAUAUCGGGAAAUUUCCCGAAAAAUCGGUAAAAAUACCGAAAUAUCGGCGAUAUUUUCGGCCAUUUUUUGAAAUUCUCCUCCGGUUGCUCCGCGCGUCAGCUCCACUCGCGAUUUUAUCUUCGAUUUAUCGGUGCUUCGCCGAUAUUGCCGAUUUUUUUAUGAUAUUCCCGGGAAUCGAUAAUCGGGGCGAAUAUCGUAUCGAGGGCGACCGAUAUCCGAAAUUUCAAAGAAAUAUCAGCGAUAAAUUCCGAUUUUUCAAUCCAUGACUACAAUACACAUAUCAUAUCGGAGAAGGUGUCCACUGUUUAAACUCCUUAUUGGUGUCACUCUUUGAUUUUGGUAGUCCAUUCUUAUCUGGAUGACACGAAUGUCCCACCAUUCUCCCACUUUUUCGCCUCAUUUGUUUUAAUUAGAAUUUGAAAAUAAAAACAAUAUAUUGGGUGGAUUAAAAAAUUUACUUUUAUGAAUUCUGUUUCUAAUCCAAAAUUUAGCAAUGAUGUUUAUUUUCCCAGAAUGGUCUGGAGAAUACGAAGCCUACUGGUACUUGGGACGGUGGAACUCCAACGGCAAGUUCCCACGUGAUCACACUCUUCAUGUGAUGCAUGGAAAGUAGUCCCAUAACCAGUCCAUAACCAGUUAGGCUGCACUCUGGGCUGGGCUGACCCAAAACCAGCACAUAGGCUCACUUUGGCUGGGCACUAUCUCCUGUGUGGUUCACACUUCACUGGAACUGGAAUUACAUUCCCAUCCAUGAUUCAGAUGAGUCGAUAAGGGUAACCAAACACUGUUAUCAUGAUCCAUGAAGAACAUGUUGAGUUGAGAACCCGAAAUUGCAGAUUUUAGAAGAGGUGAAACUGCCAUCAGUUCUAGGGUUUUCUUAACUGGAGAUUUAUAUUUUGAAUUACCAGAAUAAUCUGAAAUUCAGGUUUAAUGGGUAUCAAUGAAUUUAAAACACAAUACGUCAGUGAUUCAUUGCAUUAAACUACUGUCAGUUUUGCAACUUUAGUUAAGUUUUUAGAAGCUGGAGAGGAAUCCAUGUGAAGAAGUGUAGUGGUAAUUCUAGGGUAUUUGGGUUUUUCUUCAGGAAUAAUUUGUGAAUUAUUGAAUGCUCAACCUAGUGUGUGUAUGUGUGUGUGUGUGUAUUUAUUUAUUCAUUUAUUUUCUGUAUAAGUUGCCUGAUGCCUUUGAUUUUUAUAGCUCAGAGUAAACUCCUUGGUUGAAGAAAUCUAAUGGUGGUCAAGAUGGUGAAGAGGAAAAGGGGUUCAGAGAGAAAUUCAAAAACUGGUUUUGAGCAUUUUCUUGAAAUGGAUAUGAAGAAAAAUAUUACUGCUAAAGAUGAUUUGAAGUGGGAAAGAAAAUUAGCAAAGAAACUUAGGGUUAAGGAAGGGAAACUAUGGGGAGUGGAUGAUGGCAUCAAUUCUUUAUUUGAAGAAAUCCCAUCUGUUGUCGAUUCCCUAGGGGAGGGAGAAAUCUUGGAGGCUCAAAAAUUUUCUUUGGGAAGUUCAGUGAAGAAGAGGAAAAAAUCGGGGCUAGUUGUGGAAACCAGUAGUGGAGAUGUGGCAUUGGAACACGUUUCUAUCAAGAUGUGUUCAAGUAAGAAACAUGAGAAGGAGUUAUUGGAGCAAGGGCCAGAAGGUGAGAUGGCCCACAUGGUGGCAAUUAGGGUUGCAAAGCCUGUCAAAACAUUUGGUCCAGAGGUCGUAAUGGAAAAAGCACCUGCAUUAGAGGAAAGUAUAAAAUACAAAGCUCCAUACUUGAGAUCUUGUGCAGGAAAUGACUUAGAAGAGUAUCAUCAAAUUCAGAGACAAAUAAGAGGUCUUUUGAACAGGCUUUCUGAAUCUAAUUUGGAAUCUAUUACCAAGGAAAUGGUCACAAUCUUCCAUUCUGUUGAUCGCGGUGUUAGUUCUCAGAUUAUCACUGAGGAGGUUUUGGCAUCAUGUUUUGGAGGUCAACGUGGCAAUGAACAGUAUGCUGCAGUUUUUGCAGCUUUUGUUGCGGGCAUGGCUUAUCUUGUUGGGAAUGACUUUAGUGCAGAGCUUGUGGCUUCUCUUGCUAAAUCUUUUGAGGAUGAGUGCUUGAGAAAUGACGAACUUUCGUUGAGAAAUCUGACUCUUCUACUUUCCUAUUUAUACAUUUUUAAUGUUUUCACAAGUGAUUUAAUAUAUGACUUGCUGAUCAUUUUGAGCAAACAAUUGCUGGAGAUCGAUGUCUCUACCAUCUUGACUAUUCUACAAUGUUCUGGUAUGAAACUAAGGCAUGAUGAUCCUGUUGCCAUGAAAAAUUUUAUUCUGAGUGUUCAGAAUAGGAUGAAUGAGCUGAAGGCCACCUCUGAAGAUGGCAAGUCAAACAUAAACAACAAAAGAAUGGAGUUCAUGCUCGAAACCAUAUGCAAUAUCAAGAACAACAAAAAGAGCCCUAAAGAGGACACUCUGCAAUAUGCACAGAUAAACAAAUGGUUACAGAAGCUAAGAGUAGAAGAUAUUGUAAUUAGAGGGCUCAAAUGGAGUAAGCUGCUUGAUCCAGACAAAAGUGGCCACUGGUGGUUGUCCAGUAAUAUGGCUUUCCUAGCAGACAACAAUGCUGAAGAAGUUGCCGCCAGAAUUGAGGGGGACGUUCUUGAAGUCCAGAAAAUGCUGCAGCUUGCUGCCACACUAGGGAUGAACACAGAUGCCAGAAGGGCAAUCUUUUGUGUAAUAAUGACUUCAGUGGAUGUCCUUGAUGCAUUUCAGAAACUUCUGAGGUUGGAUUUGCCUGGGAAGCAGGAUAGAGACAUCAUGCGAGUUAUCCUCAUAUGCUGUUUACGGGAGGAACUAUUUAACAAAUAUUACACCAUUCUGGCAUCACAUUUGUGCAAACAUGACAAAAACCAGAAGUAUACUUUGCAGUGUUGCCUCUGGGACCAUUUCAAAAGGCUGGAAUCAAUGGACCCGAUGACAUCUUUGCAUCUGGCAAGAUUUGUCGAUGAGAUGCUUGCUUCUUUCACACUCUCUCUGGCAGUUCUGAAGACCGUUGGACUGAGCGACUCCAAGCAGCUCACCCCAACAAGGAUUAUGCACUUCCGGAUGAUAUUUGAGGCUAUAUUUCAGAAUCCAGAUAGGGUGGUGUGGAACAUAUUUAAGCGCAUAGCUGCCACUCCUGAUCUUGAAACCCUUCGCAAUGGCAUCAAGUUCUUCAUCAGGGAGUAUGUGGUGAGCAGGAAUAAAGGCUUUGCUGGAAAAUUCAAAGUUGCAAAGAGAGCCCUCAACAGUGUGGAAGUUCUUUUGUAUUGAGUUGGAAGAUGGGGUUAGUGGUAAGGCCAAGUUUUGGUAGUUUAUUCAUUAGUCAAAGUUACUUUGUUGGCAUCCAAAAUUGCUUUGAUGCUAUUGUGGGGUAAACAACCACCACAUCUUAGAGGAUGAGCAGUCAUUUAGAAAUGAAGGAUUAUAGUAUCUAUUUGGAAAGUUAGUUUUAUUA